CUGGACCGCUGUGGCAGCACAGUGCAUGGAGGGUGUCGGCCCACGCCCUUCCAACUCAUUGGCUGGUAAAAUAAGAAGCCAUGUGCAGAUCCGGAGUGCUGUGUGAGUGCCUGUACCCAACUUUUGUCUGAACAGCAGCCAGGAGCCGAGCCGUGUGUGAGAAUGGAGCUGGAGGAAAAAAACCCGGACCCUAAAUACGGGGAGUCCAAGAAGUUCGACCCAAACUUCAAAGGGCCGAUUCACAACAGGGGCUGCACAGACAUCCUCUGCUGUAUCCUCUUCAUCUUAGCCUUGCUGGGGUACUUUGCUGUGGGUAUCCUCGCCUGGUCUCAGGGUGACCCCAGGAAAGUGAUCUACCCCACGGACAGCAGGGGGCAGUUCUGUGGACAAGCUGGAACGCCUCUGGAAAAGAAGCGACUUCUGUUCUACUUCAACAUCCUGAAAUGUGCCAGUCCUCUGGUGCUGCUGGAGUUCCAGUGUCCCACCACACAGUUAUGUGUAGAAAGCUGUCCUGACAGGCACCUUACACUGGUGAAAGCCAAGUUAGGCAACAAAGACGACCAUGAAUACUACAAGCAAUACUGUAAGGAUGGAGUGGACUUCGCCAAACUGAGUCCACCGGAGAUCCUGAGGGACAGCUUGUGUCCGGCCAUGCUGAUGCCCAGUAAACCCUUCACGCGUCGCUGCCUUCCUGCUUUGGGAACGAUGAAAGGAGGGGUGGUGGUGGUGGGCAAUGAAACCAGUUUUAAUGAUGGCGAGGGCAACAAUAUCAAUGCCACAGACGUGCUGGAAGCAUCCAAGAAAUCAAAUGUGGUUGUUGAAGCUCGCCAGGUGGCCAUGAGAAUCUUUGAGGACUACACUCAGUCUUGGCACUGGAUAUUGCUUGGUCUGGUGAUUGCCAUGGUGGUCAGCUUGAUUUUCAUCGUCCUGCUACGAUUCUUGGCCGGCGUCAUGGUCUGGGUCAUGAUUGUUUUGGUUAUUCUAGUAAUUGGAUAUGGAAUUUUCCACUGUUACAUGGAGUUUGCGAGUUUGAAGGGAGAGCCGGGCGCUGACGUCACCAUCCGUGACCUGGGCCUGCAGACGGACUUCUCUGUCUACCUGCAGAUCAGACAGACUUGGCUGGCCUUCAUGAUCAUUCUGGCUAUUGUAGAGGUCAUCGUCAUCUUGCUACUCAUCUUCCUCAGAAAGAGGAUUCUGAUUGCCAUCGCACUCAUCAAAGAGGCCAGCAGGGCUGUUGGACAUGUGAUGUCAUCACUUUUCUACCCACUGCUGACCUUUGCCCUCCUGGCCAUUGUGAUCGCUUACUGGGCCAUCACAGCUGUUUUCUUGUCCACAUCUAACGAUCAGGUGUACAAGGUGUUCAACAAGACUGAUUGCGAAUACUCACGAGAGACCUGCGACCCCAAGACAUUCAACACCUCCAAUGUUUCAGCCCAGUGUCCUGAUGCAGAGUGUCUGUUUGCCUUCUAUGGUGGGGAGACCCUCUACCACAAAUACCUCAUCCUGUUCCAGUUCUACAACGUCUUCCUCUUCUUCUGGUGCGCCAACUUUGUGACAGCCCUGGGCCAGGUCACUCUGUCGGGGGCCUUCGCCUCGUAUUACUGGGCCUUCAAGAAGCCUGAAGAUAUCCCAGCCUACCCCAUCUUUGCCUCGCUGGGACGGGCCCUCCGAUACCACACAGGCUCCCUGGCUUUUGGCUCUCUGAUCCUGUCUUUGGUCCAGGUCAUCAGGGUGUUUCUGGAGUACCUGGAUCACAAAUUGAAAGGUGCUCAGAACAAGUUUGCUAAAUUCCUGCUUAGCUGCAUGAAGUGCUGCUUCUGGUGUCUGGAGAAAUGUAUCAAGUUUCUGAACAGAAAUGCCUACAUCAUGAUUGCCAUCUAUGGAAAAAGUUUCUGCCCUUCAGCUCGAGACGCCUUUUUCCUUCUCAUGAGGAACAUUGUCAGGGUGGCUGUUUUGGAUAAAGUGACCGACUUCCUGCUGUUUCUUGGGAAGCUCCUCAUAGUUGGAAUUGUUGGGAUUUUCUCUUUCUUCUUCUUCUCUGGAAGAAUCAAAGCAGUGGAGGAGGCUGCUCCAUCUCUUAACUACUACUGGGUGCCAAUUCUGACGCUGGUAGUGGGAUCCUACCUCAUCGCCCAUGGUUUCUUCAGCGUGUAUGCAAUGUGUGUGGACACACUGUUCCUCUGCUUCUGUGAGGACUUGGAAAGAAAUGACGGCUCAUCUGACAGGCCUUACUUCAUGAGCCCUGAGCUGCACGAGAUCCUCUCAAAAACAAAAAAGGUGGAGGAAGACGGUAAUGCUGUUGAGCAAGUGGAUUCUGCCAAGCAGGAAGAUGAGGUAAAAUUGGAGGAAGAGACCCCUCUCAACCACCAACAAGACGGAGAGAUCCAACUGAAAGAGCAGCUAGUGCUCAGGCAGGACAAUGAGGAAGAGGAGCCUCUGAAAUCCAAGAUGGAUUCUGAGGAGCCCAAAGAGGAGAAAAGUGAAGAACAAAAGGUGAGUGAGGCAGAGGAGGCUGAGAAGAAAGAAGAAGAGGGCAAAAGAGAAGAGGUGAAAGAGGCUGUGGAGAAGCAGGAGUCCAAACUGGUGGAGAAGACAGAGGAGGCGGCCCCUCCUGCUCAGGACACUGAGAAAGAGGAAACCGAUGAAAAGAAAGAAGAAAAAGAUGAAUCUAAGGAAGAAAAUCCUCCUUCUGCACCACAGGAGUAGAUGUAAACAGUUAUGUCAGGGCAAAAAAACGAGGCUUGGUGGACCUCAAACAAUGAAAAAACUGUACAACAACUUUGUGAUAUGGACAUGUUAAAUGUGUGGCAUACAACAAGCUAAAAUUAAGGAUCGCCUUGCUACGUGAGUGACGUCCAGCUGGAGAAGGUCGACGUGAAGGUUGAAGUAGGUCAAAAAGCCCAGUGCAUCUCUGUAGCUUGAACAAAAUGCUCUCUUGUGUUGGUUUUAGAACAGUGUUGGUUUUAUAUUGUGAAGAUGUGUAGAACAUUGUGAGUGCUGGACCUGUGCCUGAUUACUGUCACUAAUAGUUAUUGUCUUAAUCCUGUUAUGCACUACAGAACCACCAAGUACCGUGUUUACACUCAAAACUAACACAUCACAAUCGAUGGUGAAUCUCUUUCACUGUUUACAAUAAUACCAGCUGACGCCAAAAUGUUUCAGACAUAUUUGAUAUACUGUAUGAAUAUUGGAUCUUGUUUUUCCUAUGGAACUUGUAUAUAUACAGUUGUGUAUGUCUAUUAUGUAUUUUUUGGCUUCGGUCUUGUAGAGAUCCUCGCCAAGAUGGGAUCCCAUGUAUUGUAUUGCCACCUACUUGCCUUGGUAUUUCGGACUGGCGUAAGCGCUGUGAUUGUGUCGCCAUGACGCAGCCAUCGUGACCUUUCUGCAGACCCCAACAGUUGUUUACUGAUCUCCCCUGGUCUCGCUCUGUCCCUAUCCCUCUGUCUCUCUUUCUCUCUAAGUGCUGCAUGGUGUUGACAUGGCCUUCUGAAUGCUCGCAACUAACCUCUCUGGAUGCUUUUGUACCUCUUUUUCUUGUUUGUCACCUCGUGAAAGAUGUAAGUUGAUUUUCCACUUAAAUUACUGAUGACAUUCCACAUUUAUUGGAUGUAAAUCUUAAUUAAAGGUGAUUGUAUUUAAGCAGAGUAGUUCUUUUAUGGCUCUGUACAUGAGUUUGAAGGCGGUUUGGUGUUUGGAAGCAGGUGAGUUGUCCAACACAGUCAGCCAGUACUUGGAUUUUGUCUUAAAGGGGCACUCCAGCAAUUUUACAUGUUGAAUGUCACUUUAAUUGUCAUGGGAAGUGGUACUCAGCCUGACAUCACUCAGAUGGCUUCAGGUGAUGAUAAUCCCAGGUUGGGCAUUUGCUAACAAACACAUUGAAAUGCAUUAAUGCAUUUUCUUACUUGACCCAUGUUAGGGGCUAGAAUCAGGAUAUCUCUGCUUCUGCUGUGUUGAUUAAGAGCUGUGGGUCCUAGUUUUUGGUUUAUGACCCAUUAGAAGGAAACAGUGUUUGGAAUUUUUGUGGAUGUGAUUUGUAAACGGUCCAACCAAAGAGUGUUUUUUACUUGCUAGAAGGAUGGAUUUGUAGAUACACAAAGAUAUUGCAAGACAAAAAGAAAAAAAACAAAAACAAUUCUUUGUGACAAAAAUUUCUCCUUCCUUAUCCCUUUAAUGGUCUCAACCCCUAGAUUAGGAGUCAGAGUUGUGAUACAGACCAGUCUUUUAAUUUUUUUUUUUUAUUAAAGAGUAAUUUAACACCACCCAGAAAAUACUGUUUUUUGCCGACCUGUAGUGGGUUAUCUUUCACGUUCCUGGAGUGAUGUUCAGGUUUACUUCAGGACACCAUGACAUCACUGUUCUGUGUGGUGUCAAGUAGAACAAAGCACCCUUCAGACCACACCCAACAGACUUGAACAUUUCAACCACAGAGGGCAGUAGAGCACUGCCUGUUAGCCUUGUGUGAAGUUACUUUUUGACUGACUUCCCUCACUUCAUGGAACUGCAAUAUUAGAUUGCUGGAGUACCCAUUUAAUUCGUAGCCCUUACAACAAAUAUAAUGCUUUGAUUAUCUGAUUUAAAGAUAGAAAAUAUAUGAAUACAAGAACAAUUACAUUACUGUUGAUUGUUAGCGUGAUGUUGGGAAAACAUGGUUCCUCAACUUCUUCUGUCCA